UCGAUAGUUUUCGUGAGAAGACCAAACACCGCGGAUUUGAAUUUGCCAGUUAGUGUUUCUGUAAAUACCUAUAGAAUCAAACUUUAACUAAACUCAACAUCCAUCACUAGUUUUUUAUAUAUUUCUAACUAAUUGUGCUUAUCCUUAUUGAGAGAAAAAAUGGCCAAAUCAAUCAAAUUCUUUGAGUUGAACACAGGGGCCAAGAUUCCUUCUCUUGGGUUAGGGACUUGGCAAGCUGAACCUGGUGUUGUAGCUGAAGCUCUCACCACAGCCAUUCAGGUUGGAUACAGGCAUAUUGACUGUGCUAGUGCGUAUAAGAAUCAAGCAGAGAUUGGUUCUGCUCUUAAGAAGCUUUUUGAUGAUGGUGUGGUGAAGCGUGAGGACUUAUGGAUCACUUCCAAACUCUGGUGUUCAGAUCAUGCACCAGAAGAUGUGCCAAAAGCAUUGGAUAAAACAUUACAGGAAUUGCAACUUGACUAUCUUGACCUCUAUCUGAUCCACUGGCCAGUCCGCAUGAAAAGUGGAACAUUUGGACUCAAUAAAGAAUAUCUUGAGCAACCAGACAUUCCCAAUACAUGGAGAGCAAUGGAGGCACUCUAUGACUCAGACAAGGCUAGAGCCAUAGGAGUGAGCAAUUUCUCUUCAAAGAAGCUUCAAGAUUUGUUAGAUAUAGCAAGAGUGGUUCCUGCUGUUAACCAAGUGGAAUUGCACCCAGGAUGGCAGCAGCCAAAGUUGCGCGCAUUUUGUGAAUCUAAAGAAAUUCAUCUAUCUGGAUAUUCUCCACUAGGUUCACCAGCAGCUCUCAAAAGUGAUAUUCUUAAGAAUCCUGUUGUCACAGAGAUUGCAGAGAGAUUGGGGAAGACACAAGCACAAGUUGCCCUUCGAUGGGGCUUGCAAGCAGGUCAUAGUGUGCUUCCUAAGAGCACUAAUGAGUCCAGAAUCAAGGGAAAUUUUGAUAUCUUUGACUGGUCUAUUCCUCAAGAUUUGAUGACCAAGAUCUCUGAAAUUAAGCAGGAAAGGCUAGUUAAGGCCAGUUUUUUUGUUCACGAGACCUAUGGUGCCUAUAGGAGCAUUGAAGACUUCUGGGAUGGUGAACUCUGAGCAAUAUGCAUCUUUGAGACGUUGAAAAAUACAUUGCUCCUAGAGCAAAUUUAUUCUGCCUUAUACCCACUAGUUGUAGUGAUUCAAGUGAGAUUUUGAGAAGUGUUACUAUUGAUGGUAACACCGAAUAAGUAGCCAAGAGUUAUUUUUCAUUUAAUGAUUGUAUCUUUUAUUCAAUAUAAUAAAGUGAGUUGAGUGAAUUUGACAGGUCCACUGACUAAAAUAAAUUGAUAUUCAUAUUCCUUAA